AUGAUUUACCGUAUUGCAGUUGUAUACUACAACAAGUUGAUGGAGAAUCUCAAAGAGUUUGAAGCCAAAUUCACUUGUUUACUGCAAAAUCAAGAUGUGGCUAUUAAGAAUGACUUAAGAGAUAUGUCUGCCAAGCUCAAUGUCCUAUCCGAGGAAAUUGUUGUAUUUAAGUCUCAACAAAUUGUAGUUAAUGCUGAGACCGUAGUUGGCUCUGUUGAUAAAGACAUUUUAGCACCGACUAAAAAGUCUUCAAAUCAGUCAACAACAAUGGCACAUUGUGCCAAGGGUACAACUUGCGCUUCUCUAGAGAAGCCGACUGACGAUCUCCAUGAGUCCGAGAAAUGUCUUCCAUCAUCUAUCCAACCUGCUAUUUCACGUUCAGAAGAACUUGUUACAAAGAAUAUAAUGGGUGUAGUAACGGAAGUACUUGGCAAGGAAGGAGCACCUAGUGAUGCCCAUGUCACUAAGAAAGGUGGUGCACAACCAAAAGAAAAGUUUAGAGUUUCAUUCACACCGCCCACAUUCGGCUUGGGACUUACGCAGGAAGGAGUUUCUCUUGCGAAAAAUGCAGCAAAAGAAGCAACUACUAAGCCAGGCGAUGUGCUCAAAAGAAACUUAACUACGAAACAAAGAUCAAAAAAGAAAGUACCACAAGUCCAGCCAUCCACAACAAUUCCAGCCGCUAAACAAUCGAAGAGAAGUUUAAUUCCGCUUACUCGUUAG